AUGAUCGAGACGCACGAGGCACUUGUUGCGGACGUGACGAAAUCAAAUUCUUCUUUGGAGGCCCUGACUCGCUCCAAGGGUCUGGCUGAAAAGGACCGCGACUUUUUCCGUGAUCAAUACACACAGGCUUCUAGUUUCGUGAACAUCACCAGAACAGAGAAUGUUGAGUUGGAGCAGAAGGCUAAGAUUGCAGAAGGUCAGGCACGCGACGGAGUUACUCUGAUCAAACACAUGUUCGAGAGUCAGAUAAAGGCGCUGAAAGAAGACGUCGAUCGAUGGAGGGGUGUUUCCGCCCUUCUUCAGGAGAAAGAUCGGCGAACAGAUGAUCUUGUCAGACGGCGUGCUGCCGAACACCCUGAGCUUGUAGAACGAUGCCGGCAACUGGAAUGUCAAGUUGGCUCCUUGCGUGCUGACCUCAUCGAGCUUGGACGUAAUCAUCAAAAGUCUUCCGUGGAGCACGACAAGAUUCAAGAUCUGAAACUCUCCGAAGCGCGAGAGCACGAUCAGAUGCCCAAUUUCCAUUUGAUGAAACUGUCAUACACCGAGCUUGAACCAGGUGAAAUUGUAGAGCUGAAUGGUCUGUCGGAUCCAGACACCAGCUCCCUGAGCCAGGUGGACGCUUUAGGAGUUGACGUUAGCCCGGGGGAAGCCGACGAGGACGAGUGUGGGCUGUAUCCCUGCAAAUGGAAAAUUGGCGCCGACAUAAUCGGCCAAUGCCAGCAGUCCUUUGACUGCAGAGAGGUGGGUUCAGUUCUCUAA